UUACAUUGCAGGCCGCGUUUUUUAUAUAAAAUAUAUAAACUAUGUUUGCCGCGAAAACACGUAAUUUAGUGCGUAAAACGCAUCUGCCUGGCAACUGGAGCUGGUGCCGCUGGAGCAGCAGCAGCAGCGCGGCAAACACAACAGCAGAAACAGAAGCAAAUGCAAAUAAAAGGCAACAAUUGAUCAAUGAGCUGGCGGAACCUCUGGAAACUGGCCACAAUCGAGCCACAAUUGAUCCCAAGGAGACGAGUAUAGUGCUGUUUCCCGGCCAGGGCACACAGUAUGUGGGCAUGGCCAAGGAACUGCUGCGUUUUCCCGGCGCCCGUCGCAUCUUUGAGCUGGCCAACGAUGUGCUCAAAUACGACCUGCUGAAGAUCUGUCUGGAAGGACCACGGGAUAAACUCAAUCGCACGGAGUAUGCGCAACUGGCCGUGAUGGUCUCCUCGCUGGCGGCACUGGAGCAACUGCGUGAGGAGCGACCCAAGGCCAUUGAGAAUUGUGUGGCUGCCGCCGGCUUCAGUCUGGGCGAGAUCACAGCAUUGGUCUAUGCUGGGGCGCUGCCUUUUGAUAAGGCACUGAAGCUGGUGCAGGUGCGUGCCAAUGCCAUGCAGGUGGCCUGUGACCAGAGACCCGGCGCCAUGGCCAUGACCAUCUAUGGACCGGAUACCAAUCUGGGUGAAGCGUGCGCCAAGGCGCAACAAUGGUGCCUAGAUCGUGGCGUGGAGUCACCAUACUGUGGCAUUGCCAACUACAUGUAUCCGCAUUGCAAGGUCAUCGCUGGCAACGUGGAGGCCAUUGAGUUUCUGGAGCACAAUGCCAAAUCUCUAAAGAUACGCCGGAUAAAACGCUUGCCUGUGAGCGGCGCCUUUCAUACGCCUUUAAUGGCCAGUGCCGUGGAACCCUUCAGCAAGGCGUUGAGUGCCAUACGUCUGCAGGAUCCCAUCAUCAGAGUCUACUCCAAUGUGGAUGGCAAGCCAUACAAGCAUGCCACGCACAUUCUACGGCAAUUGCCCAAACAGAUUGUCCGUCCAGUCAAAUGGGAGCAGACACUGCACACGGUCUACGAGCGGCAACAAGGCGUCCAGUUCCCACGCACCUUCGAGUGCGGUCCCGGCAAGGGAUUGCUCCAGGUGCUGGAGAAGGUCAACGCCAAGGCGGCACAAAGCGCUCACAAUGUUUUAGCUUAAUCAAAUAACAUUACAAAUAAAAAACAAACUGUUGCUUUAUAAAAA